AUGGUGGGGUUCAGAUGGGAUGUGCAACGCGACCGCGGGGCAAGUGCGACCGAUAAGAUAGAGCUGUCUCCAGGUCUACGAGUGAGGUGUGGAUCACCAGCCGACAAUUGGAGACUCACUGUACUGUACCGUCUGUAUCACUGUGCUGCGGCAAGAGCGACCAGGCGGAUGCCAGGCGCGCCUUCCCGGCACGUCCGCCAAGUGGCAGCUCACGUGGCCGUUGCGGCAGGCGGCAGUUUGUCAUGA